AGCUCUUCGAACUAUGGAGGAUUGACAAGGGCGCGAUAAGAUCCACUAUCAGCAUGUGACUUAUUUGUGGAACCAUUACCGCCACAUAUGUAAGCCUUUCUCUGCCCUUCAUUCCAUCCUAUCAACAAAUAGCUGGGGAAAACAUCAGAUUUCUCUUGCUCGGCUUCAUUCUGGUUAUUUCUAUGCGGAGGGAAUACACAGUCCCUAUUACCCCAGCAUAGGUGCCACGACAGACCCCACGCGAGACUCGGAAAUGCCCACGUGACUCAUCAUUUAACAGCAACACUAUGGUCCCACCGUCUCAAGGCCUCAAUCUAGACGCAGAGGCUGUCAGUGGUAUCCUGGGGUCGAUAUCUAUUGCAUGUUGGGUUACCGUUUUCACGCCCCAGAUCCUCGAGAACUUCCGUCGUGCAAGCGCCGAGUCUCUCUCCCUGGAAUUCAUUGUCAUCUGGAGUCUAGGCGACCUCUUCAAUGUCUUCGGCGGCAUCCUACAAGGCGUUCUGCCUACGAUGCUCAUCCUGGCCGUAUAUUACGUCCUAGCUGACGUCGUCCUCAUCUGGCAAUGCCUGUACUACCGGGGCGUGUCCUCGCCAGAACAGUCAUCCUCGCCGCCUUCCGAGCGUCAGCCGCAAGCUGAACCCAAUGGGCACCGUACCAACGGUCCCUCGCGCCGAUCCAGCGCAGUGGACGCAACUCACCUCUCCCCGGCCACCCCGUUGACAGAGCCGACCAAGCCCACCAGGCGUCGCUCGACACCUCUGCAGAUAGCCCUGCUGAACCUGCUCGCUGUGUUCAUGGUUGCGGGCGCUGGGGUCUUUGGGUGGUGGGUGAGCACCGGGUCUCAGCGUGGGCCACAGAACCACGACCAUGGGCACGGCCCGGCGCCACCGCACCGUGAAAAAGGGGAGCUGCCUUUGGAUCCCCUGGGACAGGCGUUUGGCUAUGGCUGCAUGGUGAUGUAUCUCGGGUCGCGAGUGCCGCAGCUAAUUCUGAAUUGGCGGCGGCAGUCGACGGAUGGCCUGUCGGGGAUGUUCUUCAUGUUUGCCUGUCUGGGAAAUGUGACAUAUUUCCUGUCGAUUUUGGCGUAUGAGCCAGCCUGUGUGAGGGAGGAGGCGGGCUGUGAGGAGGGCGAGGCGAGCAGGGUUUAUGGGCGGUAUCUGCUGGUUAACCUAUCGUGGUUGAUAGGAAGCAUUGGGUGCUUGGUAUUUGAUUUUGGGAUCUUAUUGCAGUUCAUUCGAUACAGCGAGGCCAGUGAGCUGGUCACCGAGAGGGAAGGGGAGAGAAGGCCGUUACUAGACGAGACAGAUCCAAGGGAAGGGCGCUGAUGAGAGAUGUGUCUCCUUGCCACGGAAACACGGUAGAUUCUAGACAUCCACUUCAGAAAUGCUGGCUGGAUCCACGAAAACUGAUUUGUCUGACAAUGCAUCUCGGUGAUAAUCAGCGUCUGACAUGGGCGCGGUUCCAUGCACAGCCCCAUGAAUCCAUGAAUCAGGCACCUGGUUGCCUCAUUCCUUGGCUUUCAUGUAGUACCUACGACACGGCAUCGGAAGCAGUAUCGGGAACGAGUAAGAGGAAGGUGUUCGGGUGCGCAGACAUGCAGAAGCGUCUUGUGUACUAUGGUAGAGUGAUGUCCGGUCGUGGGGUGUUUCGGGGUCGCCGAAGUCAUGUGAGGAACGACGCGAGUUGGUUGGCGCGUAUCUUGAUACGGUUCUACUCCGUAGAAGGAGAUGAGAUAGAUAUUGCUGCCUGGAGGGGAAAGUGGGAUAAUACAAGCCCGAUUUUCAAAGUAUACUUUUCGUAUUUCUGUCUUGUUGAAACAGAACAGAACCUGUUUAUUUCUGAUGGUGGUGGUGGUGAUAAGUAAAAAGGCAGGAUAUAAUGGUGGUCAGGGUGCUGGUGGGUGGCAGACUUGGCAGCUAAUUUAGGGACGUGGGGAGUAUGAUUGCAGUGGUAGCCAGUGGUAGAGUAUCGGGGGGCGGCGCAUCGGGCGUACGUGUACGACCCGUAGAUUACCGCCAUCACCGCCAUCUGGUGGGUAUUUAGUGUAUCUAGUGUAUUUAGUGUAUUUAGUGUAUCUAG